UGAAAUUGCUGAAUUAUUUAUGCGAAGUGGAGCAGAUACCAAUAGUGUUCGAUCACAUUGUCUAGAUACACUUAUGAUUUCAUCACUUUACGGACCAGAUAAAACCUCUGAAGUGCUGAUAAAGAGCAGCACAGAAGCAAAUCACAUUGAAUUACAUGGCCAAGAUACACUAAUGCUUGCUUCACAAAAAGGUCAUUAUGAAACUGCUGCAUGGUUGAUAAAGAACAGAGAAGAAGUAAAUCGCAUCGAUUCUAAUAGUUGGGAUGCACUAAUGCUAGCAACUUUUUACGGACAUGAUAAAAUUGCUGAAUUGCUUAUCAGAAACGGAGCAGAUGUUAAACGUGUGCAAGUAAAUGGUUGGGAUGCACUAAUGCUUGCAGUAGCUAAAGGAUAUAAUGCAAUAGCUGAAUUGCUGAUAAAUAACGGAGCAGAUGUAAAUCGCUUAGAGUCAGAUGGUCUAGAUGCACUAACUCUUGCUUCAGCAUCAGGACAUGAUCAAAUUGCUCAGUUGCUUAUCAAAUGUGGUGCAGCAGUUACUCGUACUAAACCAGACGUUUGGGAUGCAUUAAUGAUUGCUUCACUAUACGGAAAUGAUAAAACUGCUAAAGUACUUAUAAAGAGCGGCGCAGAUAUCAAUCGUAUUGAUGCUGAUGGUUGGAGUGCACUAAUGUUUGCUUCAGCUGAAGGAUAUAUUGAAAUUGCUAAAUUGCUGAUAAAGAACGGAGUUGAUGUAAAUUGCAUUAAUUCAGAUGGACAAAAUGCACUAAUGCUAUCAACUAUUUAUGGGCAUGAUAAAACUGCUGCAUUGCUUAUAAAGAGCGGAGCAGAUAUUAAUUAUGUUGAAAAUGGCGGUUGGGAUGCACUGAUGAUUGCUUCACAUUAUGGACAUGAAACAAUUACUGAAAUACUUAUAAAGAGCGGAACAAAUGUAAAUCGCAUUAAUUCGGAUGGACAAGAUGCAUUGAUGCUGGCAUCAUCUGAAGGACACGAUGGAAUCGCUGAAUUGCUGAUAAAGAAUGGAGCAGAUUUAAAUUACAUUAAUAAUUUAAGUUGGGAUGCACUGAACUUGGCAACUUUUUACGGACAUUAUAAAACUGCUGAAUUGCUUAUAAACAGUGGAUCAAAUUUUGAUCGUGUUAAAAAUGACGGUUGGGAUGCACUAAUGAUAGCUUCUCAAAAUGGACAAGAUAAAAUGGUUGAAUUACUAAUAAAACGGGGAGCAGACUAUCUCGUGUUGAGCCAGGCGGUUGGGAUGCACUAA